AGGAACAAAUUCUGUCACUGAGACUGCCUGUAUAUUAAAGUAAGUCAAACUUUCUUCAAAUUGUCAGACACAAAUAUCUUGAUAUUUGUACGUGGUCUUACAUAGAUUAUCGGUGUCUGCUUAUUGCGCGAGAGAACAAUUAUUUUGAACGUUAGCGUAUAGCAUAUAGAUCUUUUCUCUUACAUGUGGGCGUUUUAUUCCACGUGCCCAUUUAACAAAAAAUCUUUAAUUGUGUUAUUAUGAUUAUGCACCGUUUUCCAAACAGAAAGUCAUUUAGUAGUAGAAUUCUUCAGACAUGAUAAAAGAGGGUAUAUGUGCGCUGUAUGCAUUGGGGAUACUCAGGGUGCUAAUUUUUGACCCGGAAAACGUUUGAUUGUAAUUUGUUAUGUUUACCUCGUCUCCCUUUACCUUCUACCAGGGCCACAGAUUGAUUUUUCAUGGGAUAUUCACAGAUAUGUCUUUAGAUAAAUAGACGGUCAUUUUAUUAUCUCUGGAUUUUCCCGUUAUUCCCUAUAUAAUCUGCCACCCUGGUAGAGGGUAUAGUCCUCCUUUGAGGCUUUAGAUCAGUAUCUGUAGACAGGUGAGACAGAGUGAAUCUCAUGAAAUUUUCUCAGAUAAGUCCAGGAUACGUGUUCCUACUCCGUGCUCUUCCAGUUGCAAUCCUAGCUAGAUUAUUAAAUCACCUUGUAUAAUUUCCUUUUACUCGAGGUUUAAAGCUAUCACUUAUUAAGCCACAUAUUGGCCUAUAUGAAGGGAACGACCAUCCAUUUCCCAACACAAAGUAUAAACAAGAUGGUUGUUGUGGAGAAGCCAAUAUUGGCAUAGACUAAUGAAAAAUAAAAUACAUUUAAUCCUUCAAUUUUCACUGGAGUCGCACUAUUCAGCGAGCUAGUAUGAAUUACAGCAAAUACAAAUCUGACAAAUCUGACACCACGCUGCUGCAGGUGGAAGAAUCUCUAAUACUAUUUUCAGGUAUCUGCCAAAUCUCAUGCUGUGCACCUUUGGCACGUGCAGAUCUAGCUUCUCGGCUUACUCGUAACAGACAGUGUCAGCCGGGGGGUUCAACAGAAAUAUACAGCGAACCCGUAAAGCCCUUAAUCUUUGACCUAUUCUUGGGUUUUGACCGGUCUUACGCUUUUAAAAUCUCGUGGCAAAUGUUUUUACAUGCUACGGUUUAUUAUUUUUGUUCUUGAAUUAAUUAUUUCUUUAACCAAUAUAUUUAUUUAAUUAUUGCAAAUACAACCUUGAAUUUCAAGGAUUAAAUUUCAUUUUCAAGUUUUCUUUCACACAGUAGCUGAAAAAUGGAGAAAACCGACCCUCAAAAAAGGAAUGAUGAGGAGGAGGAGGAAAGAGAGGAAAGCUACGAUCCUCUCAAACUUUGUUCCCAAGAGCCGUACCCAGGGGAUCAGGGUCUCCGUGACUGUGAGAGGGAGUUUUUGGGAUAUUACGGCCUGAACCAGCCGCCCCCUGUAGAACUGGAGGCAACCCCCAACCCGCAACUGGCCUUUGAAGAGUGCGAAAAGGCGAGACGUUUGUUUGAGGCGGGAAACUAUGAGGAGGCACUCGUGCAUUGCACAUGCUCUAUCCGUAACGCAGUAGAAAACGCAGCAAGCUGGAAACUGCGCUGUGAAACCUACUUGGCCUUAGACAAACCAAGAGAGGCCUUCCGCGAUCUUCUGGUGGCAAGGAAAGACAACAACACCCCCGAGAUAUGGACAUUAGGAGGUAAAAUCCUGAAGGCGCUCGACAUGCCUGUGUUGGCGGAGACGUGGCUGAGGAAGGCGACACAAGUCAGUGACGGGCAGCACAGAGAGGCGGCGCUGUUGUUCCAACAGAUCAGAACCAAAAGGCUGUACGAGCCCCUCACCACAGGGUUGCCUAUAGAGGUCAAAUUUGAAGAAUACGGCCGUGGUAUUUUUGCCAAGGAAGACUUCAAUGGUGGCCAAAUGGUAUGGCGGGAGGUUCCAAUCAUUUCCGCGCAGACGAGCAUUUCCCUCAAAGCUCCCGCGUGCAGCCAGUGCGCGCGCUCUCUUCUGACCGCAAUAGACUAUUUCGGCGACGACGUGUUACGAAGUAUGAAACCGGCGGAGAGGAGGGUGGUGGCCAAAUACUGGCCCCAGGUCUCUAUCAUCGAAUGCCCCAAGUGUCAACGCGAGAAAUACUGCAGCGAGGAUUGCCUCAAAGCGGCCUGGUAUCAACACCACCAAGUUCUCUGCCCGAAGAAGAACAAAGCCGCGGCGGAGCUCUAUGAUUUCUGCGAUAAGGGCGAGUUGUGCACGGAGGGAUACUGGAGCGCCCCUUUCAGUCCAAUGUCCGUCGCCCGGAUCUGGGCCGCGGUUAUUGCGGACGUUCGGCGCGCCGUCAAACAGGCGAGGGAGGAUGGAGCAGACACAGAUGAACCCACGGUUGAGAUGUGGGCACACGCUAAGGCACCUUACCGCCGUUUCAUCGCAUACGGCAAAGCGGGACACGCGGAAUGGGCGCACAAGAUGGUGGAUCUCAUGAAUCGUGUUUUCAACAAUUUCCCCGAUGGAAUUAACUAUAAGAUAGACAAUCGAGAGUUUGAGGGUCGAUACUACCAAGUCGCCUGCAACUGCCAAUCCUUUUCGGACCCACAGACGCCAUAUCGACGCUUCCUCUCCCGCAUGAAAGUGGACUCCAACAGCAAGCACGUGGUCCCCUAUAUGGCCAGUAUUGGUGAACCGAAAGAAGCAGUCUUCGGAGGACUUUUCGCUCUGCACGCUUGUCUAAACCACUCCUGCGACAACGACGUAGAGAUCUUGGAUUGCGAUGUCGGAGGCUUCCCUGGAAUCGGUGUCCGCGCCCGACGGAAAAUCGCAGCGGGACAGGAACUCUUCUCCACGUACAUUGACACCAGGACCGCCAGGGCAGAGCGUAGGGCCUGGCUGUUCCGGGCGUAUAAUUUUUGGUGUCAAUGUAGACGUUGUCAGUUUGAAGGGGACGGUCCUGAAGAGUGCUCACACUGCGGGGUCAAGCCCGAACAGGGCAAAUAUUUUCUCGGUUGUGCGAACUGUAAGAGGGCGUGGUACUGCACACCAAAGUGUCAAAAGAUCGCCUGGAAGAAAGGCCAUAAAAGAAUAUGCAAGACGAAGCAUUCUGACGUUGUCUCUUCAGUAGAGGAACCAGUGAGAGAACAAAUUAGGAAGUUAGCCGAUUUGUUUUACAAGGAGAUGCCAAAAAAAUUAUCUAAGCCAAGUGAAUCAAAGUGAAAAAAGAAGGACAUAAAAGAAUAUCUAAGGUGGUGCAUCCUCACUAAGUCUCACUCGUAUAGGAGCUGGUGUAAGAAACAUCAGGAAGUAAGCCUCUUUGUUUUACAAAGAGAUCCCCAAAAACUUCCAACAAAAUGAAAUGAAAUGCAAGAGAUUUAUUUUGAUCGAUAAAUCGAUCGAUGAAUCGAUUGAUAAAUUGGUUAAUUGCGCAAGGACAGCAAAAACUCCAAAUGCGGUAGCUGACCAUUGGACUGCUGGCUUUGGGUCACCUGUCUCAAUUCUUAAAGGAUUUUGUUUUUCCUCCGAUACUAUCGCUUUAAACAUCAUUUUUGGUUGGAUUCAAUGGAGUAUUGUGAGCCCAUGUCUGGCUUGGUAGGCCGUCGCAUGCGGACAAUUGGCAUAUAUUUUUUAUGAGAACGAAAGUGAUCGCUUGGUCACUUUAGCGCUGUGAACACCUACUCUUAAUUCUAGUAGUCAGUACGGUGAGCCCAAUGUCUAGCGCAGGCUUUAGUUUUAAAAGGCGUGAAGGAAGGCGAAUUAAUGACGCACGGUACUAUAUUGAAGCGGCACAUUGUGCAGUCUGGUAUGUUGUGAAUUCUGGGAUCUUAAUGCCAACCCCUUUCAAAGUAUUGAAAAUCGUAUUAAAUGUUCUUCUAGUUAUUUUGGUCAAUUUCAUUUGGCUCAAACGAAAGCUAUUCCCAGCAAACACAGAACGUCAUUAUUACCUUACCAUAGCGUUUAUAUCACCCCCCCCCCCCCAAAAAAAAAAAAAAAA